GACCGUUGGCGUUUGAUGACAUUUGUCUCUUUGCGGCUGCCGUCUCUAGAUGGGUCUUCUACGCAUGCGUCCUUGUUGUCGGUGAAGGUCUUGCCCGCUGUUGGCAUGGCGGUUGCCUGCAGGAAAACCUGGGCGACGCGAGGCGCCUGCACGAGGUUCUUUUCUGCCUCAGCCUUUCUCAACUGUAAAGAUGGACAGCAACCAAAAUUUAAGCCGCCUCCAAAGCCAGUCAUUGUUGAUGAAUCAAAACCUCUUGCAGCAGAAAGACGAUUCUUGAGUCCCGAAUUCAUUCCGCCCCGAGGAAGAACAGAUCCUUUCAAAUUCUACCUUGAAAGGAGAGAUAUGAUCCAGAGGAGAAAAGUACUGAACAUUCCAGAGUUCUAUGUUGGAAGUAUUCUUUCUGUCACCACAGCAGAUCCUUAUGCCCACGGGAAGAAGAGCACUUUCGUAGGCCUGUGUAUCCAGCGCUCAGGAAACGGACUUGGUGCAACCUUCAUACUUCGGAACAUAAUAGAAGGACAGGGAGUUGAAAUCUGCCAUGAAUUGUACAGCCCUGUCAUCCAAGAGAUCCGGGUGCUAAGGCUGGAGAAGAGGCUAGAUGAGAACUUGAUGUAUUUACGAGAUGCACUUCCUGAAUACAGCGCUGUUGACGUUAACAUGGUGCCUGUACCAGUUGCAACUAAUGAAGAAGUUCCUGUCAACAAGAUGAAGGUCAAGAUGAAACCCAGACCUUGGUCCAAACACUGGGAACAUCCAAAAUUUAACAUCCAGGGCAUCAACUUUGACUUUUAUCUUACGGAAAAAGACCACGAGAAAGUGAAAGCAUGGAGCAUGCCUUGGAGAGAAUUUGAUAUGAUGAAAGAAUAUGAUACAUCAAAACUUGAAAAAAAAAUUUGGGAAGAAGUGAAUGCAGAACUGAAGAACUAAGUGAUGUAAUCCCGGAAGACUUUCUCCAGAAAGACCAACUCUGUCCAUUUUAGUAGACUGUUUCUUUGACGCAGGCCUCUGAAAUAAAUAAGCACAUGAAAUGGU